UUUUUCCCACGGCUUUGACCAUAGGCCAGGUAUCUACUGUGAGGCUGUGCUGUGAGUUGCACAGACAGCAAAAACCCUUAAGAGAAAGCCCCCCUCUUUCUGCCUAGAAGAACUGAGGAAAGGGGCCCCUGUAAGCAGAGGCAUGUGAGGGAAAGGCAAAAGAGCUAGAAUACUCAAAACAGUUUUGAAAAAGAACAAAGUUGGAGGACUUGCUCUGUCAGAUAUCAAGACUUACUAGUGAAGCUGUAGUCAAGACUGAUACCGGCAAAGGAAUAGGUACAUAAUAAUCUACUUGGACAGCAUAGUUGCUCAGAAUAGACCUGCACAGAUAUGGCAAGUUUUGACCCAAAUGUAAAGGCAGUUGAGUGGAGAAAGGAUAGUCUUUCAGCAGGUGGUAUUGGAAUAAUCAAACGUCCAUCUGCAAAAAAGGAAAGCUCAAAUACACCUUGCAUGUUAUAUAAAAAUUAUAUAAUAAUAAGUAAUUUAUAAAAAUUACAAAAUAGAUAAAAAUCUAUCAUCCACUGAAAGUAAAACCUAAAACUUUAAAACUUCUAGAAGAAAACAGGAUAUCUUUGUCAUCUUGAGUUAAGCAAAGCCUUGUUAGAUAUGACACCGAAAGAAUGGUCUGUGAAAGAAAAGUUGAGGGACUCUAGGGUGGCUCAGUCGGUGAAGCGUCUGCCUUUGGCUCAGGUCACAAUCCCGGGGUCCUGGGAUGGAGUCCUGCAUCAGGCUCCCUGCUCAGCGAGGAGUCUGCUUCUCCCUUUCCCUCUCUUUGCUGCUCCCCCUGCUGUGUGCUCUCUCUCUCUGACAAAUAAAACUUUAAAAAAAGAGAGAAGUUGAGUUGAACUACAUCGAAAUUUAACCCUUCUGUGCUCCUACACUACAAGAGAAUGAAAGACAAGCCACAGACUGCAAGCAAAUAUUUGCAAAUUACAUACCUAACAAAGGACUUCUAACCAGAAUGUAUAAAGAAAUCUCAAAACUCAAUGACGACACAAGGAACUCCCCCCAGAGUAAACCAAAAGAUUCUAACAGACACUUUGCUACGAAAGGUACACAGACAAAACGCACAUGAAAAUACCCAAUUAGUCAGUAGGGAAAUGUUACACAAGAUACACUCCACAUCUAUUAGCAUAGCUACAAUUAAAAGGUAACUUUAAAAAUCCUACCAAACCAAGUGCUGGGGAGGAUGAGGAGCAGCUGUAGUUUCCAGACACUGCCAGUAGGAACACAGUGGCACAGCUCCUUGGAUGAGUGGUUUGGCGGUUUCUCGCAGUGAAACAUGCAUUUGCCCAGCAGAUGCAUUUUAAGGUAUUUACCCAAGGGAAAUAAAAACACGUUUCCACAAAUACUUGGGAGCAGAUAUGUAUAGUGGCUUUAUUUAAAACCACCAAGAACUAGAAACAAGCCACGUUUUCCAGGUAGUGAGUGGAUAAACAAAGGGGCCCAUCCAUACGGUAGAAUUAAGUACAUGGCAGUAAAAAAUUUUAUUAUUGCUACUCCCAAAACACAGGUGACUCUUGGGAGUGUCAUGCUGACUGAAAGAAGCCAGGCUCAGAAGGACCCAUGGGUUAUGAACCCAUUUAUGGGACAUUCUGGAAAGGGCAAACUGAUGGUAACAGAAAACAUAAAUGGUGGCCAUUUGGGGUGGUGGAAGGCUUGAGCACAGACAGUGUGCUCAGGGACUUCUGAACCACAUUGUGACUGUGGUCAUGAUUACACACCUGUGUGCACGUGUCAAACAUUUAUAGACCUGUACACCAGGAGGAGUGAUCAUUAUGUAAGCUUUAAAAAGUGAACAAAGUGAGGGGCACCUGGGUGGCUCAGUGGGCUAAGCCUCUGCCUUCAGCUCAGGUCAUGAUCUUAGGGUCCUGGGAUCGAGCCCCACAUUGGGCUCUCUGCUCAGCAGGGAGUCUGCUUCCCCCUCUCUCUGCCUGUCUCUGCCUACUUGUGAUCUCUGUCUGUCAAAUAAAUAAAUAAAAUCUUAAAAAAAGAAAAGUGAACGUGAGAAGUUCUGGAUACAUCUGAAAGCUAAAGUCCCCUUCCCACCAGAGCUCUCACCGCACCCUGCCAAGGUCAUCAUGUUACCAUCAUGGAGUUGGUGAGUGCUGGCCUCGCUUGGUCCCAUAUCCUUACUGUGCACGUUUGCAUAAUCACAGGAGGACAGAUGGUCACUGUGUUUUAAACAUUAUGUAAGUGGUAUAAUUGUAUGUGUAUUUUCUUUGCAACAUGAUUUAUUUCUCUUAACAUUGUGUUUCUGAGUUUUAUACAUGCCCACAUCCGUUUCUUUUAUCUUUACUUCCUGUCUAAGUAGCGGGGCUGCCCUCACAAGACCCCACGGGCCCAGCCUUCAGCGACAGGCUGCUAGGUCUCCCAGUUCUGGAGGCUGAAGUCUGAGCACGCUGUGGCGGCCCGCAGACCUUCUCAUGAUGGCCUCACUCAGGGCCUCUCCUCUCUCCUCACCCCUGUCUGUGGUCCCUCUCCUCAUGCCAUCCCACUCUGGGGGUUAGGGCUUCCGUGGAGAUGUUUGGGGAACACAAACAUUCAGUUGUUAGCACUUUCUAACAGUUCAUUUAGUGUUUAAUAAUAGAGCGUUUUGACAUCUGUUAAACUACACCAGUGCACAUCCCAUGGGUCUCUAUUUCUGUGUCUGCAUGCCUGAGGCUGCACCUAGAAAUGGAGGCCCCCCUUAUAGGGUGUGCAUGCCACACUUCAUUAAUGAUUAUUGUCUCUGUACGCGUGUGGCACCCUUUACAUCCUGCCCAAGCCUGUGUCCCCACGACCUCAUCACUCGUGAUGGACUUUCGCAGACCUUAGUGGUACCUCAUUGUUUUCACUAGCAUUUCCCUAGUUGCUGACAAAGCCGAGUAUCUUACAUGUUUGUUUUUCCUGCCCACAAAUUGCCCAUAAGCCUCCUUUAUCUGUUUCUGGGGGUGGGGCUCAUUUUCAUUGUGUCUUGUCCUUGCGAGGGCUGGCCCUCUGUUUUAAUCCAAGUCUCUGUGACUUGGACCUAUAGAACAUCCCACAUUUAGUCCACGGCCAUACUGCCCUGAACGCGCCCAGUCUCAGCUGAUCUCGGAAGCCAAGCAGGGUCAAGCCCUGUUAAUACUUGGAUGCAAGAACAUCCCACGGUUAGGAUGAAAGUGUCUAACAGCGCAGGGUCUGGUGUUGGGGUCAGGGGUUUCAGGCUGGUGACACAAUGUGUGGAGUGCCUACCUUGUAUCUAUGCGCUUUCUCUCAUUUCUUCCAUUUCUAGAGGAGAGGCAGGCACUGAGUGUGACUCCCAGGUGACAGUGCUCUUCCUGAGGCUGGAAGUACAGGGGCUUCCUGAGAGAGGACCAGUGGCACAGCCCCACCAUGUCCGGGCCCCAGACCCCAGAACCGGCCCUCGGGAUACAGGGAGAUGCCCCCACGGGCGCAAGGGACGAGGACGCUGCUGACGGGAUCCAGCACUCACACCGCAUGCUCAGCUUCAGUGAUGCUCUCCUGUCCAUCAUCGCCACUGUGAUGAUCCUGCCUGUGACCCACACGGAGAUCUCCCCAGAACAGUUUGACAAAAGUAUACAGAAACUUCUGGCAACCAGGAUUGCUGUUUAUCUGAUGACGUUUCUCAUCGUUACUGUGGCCUGGGCGGCACACACAAGACUGUUCCAGGUUGUUGGGAAAAUAGACGACACGCUUGCUUUGCUUAACCUGGCCUGCAUGAUGACCAUCACCUUCCUACCGUUCACUUUUUCCUUAAUGGUGACCUUCCCUGAGGUGCCUCUGGGCAUCCUCUUGUUCUGUAUGUGUGUGAUCACCAUCGGGGCCGUGCAGGCGCUGAUCGUUGUGUAUGCGUUCCACUUCCCCCACCUCCUGAACCCCCAGAUAGAGAGCUCCACCCACAGGGCCCUCUACCGGCAGCAUAUCCUGGGCAUCGUCCUUAGGGGCCCAGCGCUGUGCUUCGUGGCCGCCGGCUUCUCCUUGUUCUUCUAUCCCUUGUCGUACCUGCUGAUGGCGACGGUCAUCUUCCUCCCCUACGUCAGCAAGGUCUCCAGCUGGUGCAAGGGCAGGCUUGUGGGUCCCCAGGAACCCCCAGCUCACAGCAUGGAGUUCUUCACUUUUGACCUGCACGAACCUCUCAGCAAGGAGCGGGUGGAGGCCUUCAGUGAUGGGGUCUACGCCAUCGUCGCCACACUCCUCAUUCUGGACAUCUGCGAGGACAACGUGCCGGACCCCAGGGACGUGAAGGAGAAGUUCCACGGGAGCCUGGUGGCAGCACUGAGCGUGUACGGGCCACACUUCCUGGCCUACUUCGGUUCCUUUGCCACAGUGGGCCUGCUCUGGUUUGCCCACCACUCGCUCUUCCUGCACAUCCGCAAGGCCACGCAGUCCAUGGGGCUACUCAACACGCUGUCACUGGCCUUCGUGGGCGGCCUCCCACUGGCCUACCAGCAGACCUCGGCCUUCGCGCGACAGCCACACGACGAGCUGGAGAGCGUGCGCGUCAGCUGCGCCAUCAUCUUCCUUGCCAGCAUCUUCCAGUUCGCCAUCUGGACCACGGCCCUGCUGCACGAGGGGGAGACGCUGCAGCCCUCGGCCCGCUUCGGAGGCCGGGAGCACGCGUUCAUGUUUGCCAAGCUUGCGCUGUACCCCUGUGCCAGCUUGCUGGCCUUCGCGUCCACCUGCUUCCUCAGCCGGUUCAGCACGGCCAUCUUCCACCUCAUGCAGAUCGCCGUGCCCUUUGCCUUCCUGCUGCUGCGCCUCCUCGUCCGCCUGGGCCUGGCCCUUCUGUGUGCCAUGCGGGGCCUCGCCCAGCCAGCUACCCAGGCUGAGGAGGACGCACAUGCCCCGCUCCUCCCUGCUGCCUGCUAGCUCCUGGGGCCUGGCUGCCCCCACCUGCACUCAGCCUGCUUUUGGUUUGUAUCUUCAACCUUCUUCUCUAGAGCCUUUGGUAGGUUUCUGCUUCUGCAGACAGUGCGACAGGAGCUUGUAUCCCAGUCUCUGUCCUAGGCCGACAUUCUCACUCUUUGUGAAGCUAAACCACCAGGGUGCUUGCGCUCUUGCUGGGAGCCCAUGGUGCCAGCCCUGAGUGGGGCGUGGGUCCCCAGGCACAAAGGACAUGGCAGCAGCACAGCAAUGGCCACACUGUAUUGUCCUGGAUAUAAAUUAUGCUUACAUUCAGGUAGUGACAAGGUACACAAGGGCCUGGGUGCAAGCCCACACCACCCCUCUGGGCGCACAGACGCACUUAAAUACAAAGGACAGACAACUACAGACCAGAACCAGAGCCAAGGCCUGCAAAGCGGACACAAGUGAUGCCACCAGGGACGUCAAGGCAGACACACGUGUGUGUGCUGGAGGCACGUGAUAGGGAUGUCCCACCACAAAUGGCCACUACAGUGCAUUUGUGUGGAUUUGGCAGAAGCUCAGGGGACAUGGGGCUGGUGGGGCAGAGCUCGGUCACAUGGCGCUGGCAGCAAACAGCCAGGAUGAGUGGAGAAACAGGAUUCCUGGGCCUUUCUUUGGGGCCCCUGGAGCCUCCCCAGACUGAUCUUGGGGCAUGUCUGAACCCAGGGUAGGGGAGGCCCAGGCACCUGGUCAGCUGGACGGGCACUGGGAAAGGCAUGUUGAUCUUUGACAAACAGGUAAUUAAAGCUGGCUCCUCCCCAAUGUCA